AUGGACCUUUUACCUCCGGAAACCCUGUCCGUUGCUCCCAUUCAUCGACUGCCAACCGAGCUGCUGCGCUCUAUACUCCUUCUCUCCUAUAUAGACAACUAUACAAUUGGCUGGAAGGCUGGGUGGAUCAGUGCGCAUACCCGAGAUAUUGCCCUCUCGACUCCGCUCUUCUGGACAAAUGUCUGGGUAUUCACGCGCACUGGUCGCAGUUUUGAGUCUCUUUCUGAGAUGCUCGCUGUACAGCUCCAUCGAUGUGGCUCGAUUCUACCAUUGACUGUUCUGUGGUCCACGGCUAUUGCUACCGAGGAUCAGAUGUCGGUAUUGCUUGGGCUCUUCAUCGAGCACAAAGCCCCAUUCAACCGCUGGACAGAGUUCAGACUCAACGCACACACUUCUUUACCUCUCAAUAUCCCGAGAGAGGCUGAUCUCGGGGAAUUUUCAAGCCUAGAACAGCUCGCGAUUUCAGGCAUACGACCUAACCUCUUCUUUCACUAUCUCGAGUCGACACAAGAUCUGGGUGCCUUGGAGGAGCUGGAAUUCGGUCCUCCAUCUCUCUCGUACGACGAGCUAGCCAUGGCUGCCGCGGACGAUGACCUCCCAUCGAACAUCAUUGGUCUCAUAUGCGGAACAUUGACGCCUGUCUAUCAUUUCCCUAACCUCAAGGAACUCGCCGUCGAAGUUUGCACGAGACAACUCACUCCAUCUCAUAUUCCACUCGUGACACACCUUGAGAUAUACUUCCAAAUUCUUCUCUUGGACAAUUCGACUUUCGAGUUUCCAGCGCUGACUAUUCUCAUUCUCAAGUGUGCAAUGGGAGAUCUUAGACCGCUCACGUGGCUCUCCGCUCCGAGCCUCACUUUCCUCAGAGUUGAACCUGUCUCAGCGCCAAUCGAUCCGACUUAUCACAAGGACGCGCCCCCUAAUACCCAACUGAAAUUUCUCACCUAUCCAAAUGUCUCCUGUAUUCAAGUUCAUAUCCCACUCAAUCUCGCAGAUCUCGGGGCUCUCAUAAGUCACUUCCCUGCCGCGCGGAAGAUGGCUAUUCCCCUCCGUAUACCGGUCAUUGACGGACUCGAUGCGCUGCUGUUCGAUUUAUUCGAAGAUUACGACCCGAAUAAGCGUGCUGGUCCAAGCCAGAUCCGUCACAAGGAGCUGGAGACUGUCGACGUAUUGGCGAUGGACAUAGGUCCUUUCCACAAGAACGAGUGGGAUGCUGCGGCAAAUAAUUUCUUGGGUAGAUUUCCUGAUACUAAGCUAAAAGAACUCACCAUUAGGUGCAUCGAGUGGGACUGA